AUGAAGGAAAUUGAUUUUAUUCGGGAGGCGGACGAUGUGCAAUUCACUGAUAAUACUCGAGAAUUGAACGGUUCGGGUCCUUCUAUGACCGACAUGAUUUUGCGUUCCCCGUCGCAACUGUCCUCGCCGGCGUUCUCUUCCUCAUCGACAUUUGGGGCCCAUGCGACGAAAUUUUUGUGCCCUCGAUUUAAUAAAUACGAGGAUGCGCCAUCGGAAACCUUUACGGUGCCGAAGGGAAGUGCGGAUAUCCCCAUCGAAACAUGUGGGUGGGAGGUGCAGAUUUUUGUCGAUAGGAAACCCGAGGUUAUUUGUACAUACCACAUUACCUUCCACGAUUCCAACGACGGAUCUAUUCAAAUUAAUGAUUUCCUUAUUGAACCGAAUAGCGAUUUAGGAUGUGGAUCGUUUUGUACGUACCACGUAGCGUCGUGUACAAAAGAUUUUGGACUGUAUGCCAUCAAGUCAGUUUCCAAAACGAAAGCUCAAAGAAACUCCAUGCUGUUUAAGCAGUCGAAAAACCCCUUUUACCACAUUGAGAGGGAAGCAUCCAUACUGAAGCAAAUUUAUCAUCCCAACAUUGCCAAACUCUUUGAGAUCAUGGACGAUCCGAAAGAAGACAUCUUGUACUUUGUAUUUGAAUACAUGGAUCGUGGUUCCAUAUUAGUCAUUCCAACUGACGCCCCUUUACAAGAGCCAGUGGCGAUAUCGUACUUCCGCGAUGUGCUGUACGGCGUCGAAUAUUUGCAUUCGAAGAAUAUCAUUCAUCGUGAUCUCAAACCGGAAAACAUGUUGUUAAACUCCUUCGGGAGAGUGAAGUUAGUUGAUUUCGGCCUGAGUUUCGUCCAUGAGGAAGAAAACGAUCGGGCAAAGGACAAUGACAGCGUCCGUGAUUUCGCCAAUCAUGCGACUUCGUUACUCACCGCUAACUGGAUAUAUGCACCCGUUGUCACCAUCUUCACCGGUACCGCCGCAGUCCUGCUCAACAUAUUGGUCCUAAAUGCCUUAUUGCGACGUGAAAACAUGGCCGUGCCCUUUACCGUGUACCUGAUUAACCUGAUGAUGGCUAAUAUUCAGUUUGUUAUUUUUGGAAACCCUCUUGAUAUUGUCAACAGUGGGUAA